AUGUUGAAAAAGUUUUUGUUAAUAUGCAUGAUCCCUUUGAUUUAUGCUAUAUCAUACGAAACCUAUGAUGAUUUCUCCAUCGCCAUGUAUGGUUGUUUAAAAACUAUAGGUGUAACGGCUACUGUUUGUGAGGAAGCCAAAGGCGAAGAAGAAGAAGAUCCUUUAGGUUGUUAUUGUAUUACUGAUGCUGGGUUUGGUACUUUCACCAAUUGUUUAGUUAAAGGUUAUAAUAAUAAUACCGAAAGAAUUGAUCAAUUCAUCAGUAAAUGUAAGCAUCAUAAUGUUUCCAUGACAAGAGAACAGUUUUGGGAUAGAUAUGACAUUACUCAACUGAACUUAACUAAUGUAUCAGCUAUUGAAGGUUUUAAUGCCACUUUAUUGUUUCCUUAUCCUGUUGAUAUUGACUUCAAACAAUUCGAAUUAGAUAAAAGAUAUAAUUAUAUUAAUCUUAUGAAUUUCAAUUAUUCAAUUUUAUUCGGUUAUGUGUUGAUGGUUUAUUGGUUAGCUGUUCUUGUUAUCGCUAGUGUAGUUAAUUGGACUAUUUAUCUUUUCCCUAACUUUACAGGUAAAUUUACUGGUCCUAUUUCAAAUUGGUGGAGGAAAAAUGUAACUUUACCAGCUUUUUAUGGAAAGAAAAAGACUAAUGCUGCUAAAUACUUAAUGAUUUUACCUUCAAGAAUGGAAACUAUUAUUUUAACAGUCUUCACUAUUUUGAUGGCAGCAUUCUGUGGUAUUGGUAUUUAUCCUGUUUAUGGUAAUAGUAUGUAUCCAAGUAUUACCGGAUCAUUGGCUAGAUUAGUAGCUAUUAGAACUGGUGUGGUGGUAACUUUCAUGAUCCCACUAUUAGUAUUAUUUGCUGGAAGAAAUAAUUUCUUACAAUGGUUGACUAGAUGGAAUUUUGCAACCUUCAUUACUUAUCAUCGUUUUAUCAGUAGAAUUGUUAUAUUGGUUGUAUUUGUCCAUGCCAUCACAUUCACUGUAACUGAUUUCAUUAAAAUGUCCUACUUUAGACAUAUGUCAAGACCUUUUGUUAGAUGGGGAGUUGUUGCUGGUGCCGCAGGUGCUAUUAUAAUCUUCCAAGGUAUGUUAUAUGCCAGAAGAAAAUCUUAUGAAUUGUUUUUGAUCAUUCAUAUAUUAAUGGCUUUAUUCUUCAUCGUAGGUGGUUACUACCAUGUUGAAGAAUUUGGUUAUGCUCCAUUUAUGUGGGCAACUGUAGCAUCUUGGGCUUUUGAUAGAGUCAUUAGAAUUUCAAGAUUAAUGAGUUUCGGUAGUCCUCAAGCUACAGUUACUUUAUUAGCAGAAGAAACUUUAAGAGUAGUUAUCCCAAAACCUUCAUAUUGGCAUGCCAUCCCUGGAGGACAUGCAUUCAUUCAUUUCUUAAGACCUUCAUGUUUCUGGCAAUCACACCCUUUCACAUUCACUGACUCUUCCGAAAACGACAAUUACAUUGUUAUGUAUAUCAAAUUGAAGGGAGGUGUUACGCAUGGUGUUUAUAAAUAUUUAAACCAAUUCCCUGGUAAAUCUGCAAAGAUCAGAGUGUUGGUUGAAGGUCCAUAUGGUGAAGCUACAAGUGCAAAGAAAUAUAAAAACGCUGUCUUCAUUGCUGGUGGUAAUGGUAUUCCAGGUAUUUAUUCUGAAUGUAUUGAUUUAGCAAGAAAGAAACCAAAUGCUCAAUUGAAGUUAAUUUGGAUCUUAAGAGAAUGGAAAUCGUUAGCUUGGUUUUAUCAAGAAUUGAAAACUUUGAAUAACACCAAUAUUAAUACUACUAUUUAUAUUACCAAACCUGAUGAGACCAGUGGAUUCCAUCAUUUGAAAACUCUUUCGGAUAAUGAAAGUUCUUCUUUGAAUAUUGAAAAAGAAGAAGUAAACAUCAAUGAUAAUGAGGAUAAAGAAAAGAAAGGAAGUGAUAGUGAAUCUGUAUACUCUUUGGUAGAUUCCAUUAAGUGUGAAUUGAGUCAUAUUGACUUCAGAGAAGGAAGACCAAAAGUUGAGGAUUUAAUUAAACAAGAGAUUUCAAAUUCUGAUGGUUCAACUGCCUUCAUUACCUGUGGACAUCCUGUUAUGGUUGAUGAGGUAAGAUACUCAGUUGCAUCUAAUUUACAUCUCUCAAAACAUAGAGUAGAGUAUUUCGAACAAUUACAAGUCUGGGCUUAG